CAUCUUUUUAUCACCUUUGUGUCCUCUGUCCUCAUUAUCACCAUCCUUCUUCUCCUUCACCAACUCACUCUACACAAAGAGAAGAAGAAGAAGAAGAAGAAGAAGAAGAAGGAAAGAUGGUGCCUUUAGCCAUCAUCUUCUUGCUAUUCCCAACCCUCCUAAUCAUCCUUGGAAUGCUCCUGAGCUUAAGAAACGGAGGCAAUGAAACCUCAAAGAGAGGCCUCAACAUCCCACCAGGAAGCAUGGGCUGGCCAUUCCUCGGAGAAACCAUCGCUUUCCGCAAACUCCAUCCCAGCACUACUCUCGGCCAAUACAUGGAACACCGAGUCCAAAGGUACGGCAAGAUCUACAAAUCGAACUUGUUUGGGUCACCGACGGUGGUGUCGGCGGAUGCAGAGCUGAACAGGUUCGUGUUGAUGAACGAUGGGAAGCUGUUUGAGCCGAGUUGGCCGAAGAGUGUGGAGGAUAUACUGGGGAAAACGUCGAUGCUUGUGGUAACGGGGGAGAUGCACAGGUAUAUGAAGUCAUUGUCUGUGAAUUUCAUGGGAAUAGCAAGGCUUAGAAACCAUUUCCUUGGUGACUCGGAGAAGUAUAUCUUGGAGAACCUUGCUUUGUGGAAAGAAGGUGUUUCUUUCCCUGCAAAAGAAGAAGCUUGCAAGAUCACCUUCAAUUUAAUGGUGAAGAACAUACUGAGCAUGAAUCCUGGAGAGCCGGAGACCGAGAGAUUGCGCAUGCUCUACAUGUCCUUCAUGAAGGGAGUCAUUGCUAUUCCUCUCAAUCUCCCCGGAACUGCAUACAGGAAAGCAAUUCAGUCUAGAGCGACGAUUUUGAAAGCCAUUGAGUGUUUGAUGGAGGACAGAAUAGCGAAGAAGAAAGCCGGGACCGAUGAGAUUGGAGAAGCCGAUCUUCUUGGCUUCGUUCUUGAGCAGUCAAACUUAGAUGCCGGACAAUUCGGGGACUUGCUUUUGGGUUUGCUCUUUGGUGGUCAUGAAACUUCCUCCACUGCCAUCACUUUAGCUGUCUACUUCCUUGAACAAUGUCCUAAAGCUGUGCAGCAGUUGAGGGAAGAGCAUUUGAACUUGGUGAGGAAGAAGAAACACAGAGGAGAAUCCAGUGCACUCACUUGGGAAGACUACAAAUCCAUGGAUUUCGCACAGUGUGUGGUGAGUGAGACACUGAGGCUAGGGAAUAUCAUCAAGUUUGUGCACAGGAAGGCUGUCACUGAUGUUCAAUUUAAAGGAUACGACAUACCGAAGGGCUGGAGUGUGAUCCCGGUCUUUGCUGCCGCGCAUUUGGAUCCUACUGUUUACGAGAAUCCUCAAAAGUUUGAUCCUUGGAGAUGGCAAACAAUCUCCUCGAGCACUGCUAGGAUCGACAAUUACAUGCCAUUCGGUCAGGGCCUGCGCAAUUGCGCCGGUCUUGAGCUCGCGAAGAUGGAGAUUGCCUUGUUCCUUCACCACCUCGUCCUUAACUUCGAUUGGGAGCUCGCCGAACCCGAUCACCCCCUCGCCUAUGCUUUCCCGGAGUUCGACAAGGGUCUUCCUAUCAAAGUUCGCAAGCUAUCCAUCCUAGAAGAAUAAUAAUGCAUCAAAUAUAAAAUGUUUGUUCUGGUGUACUUGUUGAUGAGCUGAAUAUUAUGUUUGAUAUCAUGCUAGCUAUAGAACUAGCAAGUAUGUUAUUGUGGGCAUGACAUGAAGUAUCAGCAUAUGUCUAAACAAGCCAAACCUGGAAACAAGCAUUUCAUCUCUAGCUGUUGUCUUGGUUUUUUUA